GACUGGCUCGAUGCUCUCGAUGAGUCAGCGUUUUUGAUGAUAAUAGGAGACCUGCGCAGCGCAGGAAGCAGAGCGCCGCUGUUUUUCAUCAAUCCUCCGUAAGCAGGGACUUAUCGUCACCGUCAGGAUGCAUUUUUGCGGUUUCACCGUCAUCGCCGCAUUGUGCUUUUCGGCCGCACGGUCGCUGCAGGGCCGCCUGACUUUCGCCGGUGCUCCGGUCCAGCCUUGCCAGGCUCCCGUGCAAUGGGAGGGGAGGAUCGUGGAGUACGACCACAGCACUGGUCUAAAUACACGGGCCAAGAUGUCGUAUGAUGGGCUCAAUCAGCAAAUUAGGGUCCUUGAAGAAAAAAGAGGACACGUGCCGUGCAAGAAGUACUUUGAGUACAUCUAUCUUUUCAAGAGCGCUGUGCUCUUCCAGAUCGAGCAGGUCACCAAGCUGUGCUCCAAAAUCCCUCUUACGGAAGCCUGGGAUCCCUACGACAUUCCCGACAAUUCCACCUACGAAGACCAGUAUAUCAUCGGCGGGCCGGGCGACAUGAUCCAGGUGCAGGAAUGGUCAGAUCGGAAACCUGCCCGCAAGAAUGAAGCCUGGGUGGGUGUUUACACCGUCAAGGACUGCUACCCCGUCCAGGAGACCUACACGAAGAACAGCAGCGUCACCACCUCCACCCGCUUCUUUGACCUGCAGCUGGGGAUCAGCGACCCGAGCGUUUUCACACCCCCCGAGACCUGCCGGAGCGCUCAGGCCCAGAGGAUGACGCAGGGAUGCUGAGCAUCACAUUGGCGCUGCCCCAAAACCAACACAGAGGCACGCCGAGGCUAGAGAAGGGGGGCGGGGCAAAUCACACAGCUACUCAUACAGGCCCAAGAAACACUGAAUCAAGCCGGGGGGACACACAAGGCAGAAAGCAGACAAAGAACAACAACCAUCAGUUUGUUAGCGAUCAAAGCACAAUUUUGCUAACGGUGGAUGAGAAAAUCAUGGUUUAUUGUGACCAAUCUGCUAAUCUAAUAUGGAUUAAUCUUAGAAAUAGGGUGAAAGUCACACAUAACCUGCUUAUAUGUGCAAGCUCAGUUUUAUCACUAUAAUUUAGAUCAAUCUGCACACUUUUGUCCAAGACAAUGAUGCUUCACCAGCAGCCUGCUGCUGUUUCUUGGUGAAAUAACAAACCCGUGUUUCUCAUCAUUAUCCACAGCUUAAACUGGUAACAUUUGGCUGCUAAAAUCAGGUUAUUAUGCAAUAACUCAUUUUUGUAUUUUAUGCUAAAGAUUUUGAUGUAUUUGUGGCUAUUGUUUGCAUUAAUAGCUGCUUAUAAUAAAUUAAAUUGUGUAAAAUACAAA